AUGAUGGACCCCCGGGGCUGUGCUGGACAGGGGAAGCCCAGCCUGUCCUUUUCCAUUGAGGAAAUCUUAAAGAAACCUUCUGCCAGCACUGUCCUAAGCAGUGAAACCAGGAAGAGAAGGAACUACACUGAGAGAUCUCCAUCCCUAAAAGCAGGGUCACCACUAGCUGUUGAUUCCAGCAGCAGGAGUCGGUUAGAAUGUGACUUACCUUCAGCCAAAAUGCUUCUCUCCACCACAUGUGCUACACCCAUUGCCAGAGCAAAGAGAGUGCAGGCAACUCACUGCGGAAGACCUAGAGAUAGCCCAGUGUCCCUUCUGGGUGAGGACAUAGGACGUGAACACCUGGAAGGCAAAAGAAAACAUGAAGAAGAGGAAGAGCAGCUGUGUGAUUUCCCAGUGGACCACCCACUUCAUGUUGAGAGGAAAGGGAAACGGAGAAUCCGGACAACGUUCACAGCUGAGCAGCUCCAGGAACUGGAGAGGAUUUUCCAAGUGACUCACUACCCAGAUGUCCAUAUUCGCAAUCAACUGGCAGCAAAGAUAAACCUCCCAGAAGCCAGAGUUCAGAUCUGGUUCCAGAAUCAGCGAGCAAAGUGGAGGAAACAUGAAAAAUUCAGCAACUUUGGUGGCCUUCAGCAUCUUACAGAAGUUGAUUUCAUUCCUGCCCCCAAGUCAGAUUUUACAGCUCCAAGCUUGAUGCCAAGAAAGCUCUCUGCUUCCUUUCCUGCUAUGGGAUACUACUCACCGCUGCAAGGACAGCUGACAACUGCCUGGCUGCCCAGCACGUUCUCCUUCUCUCCCCACCACAUGGAGCUGCUGCCCUUCCCAAAACCGUACUUGGUCUUCAAUGUCCUUCCCCCUUACGGCUCGUCACUACCCCACAAGUUGGAAAGGAGCAGGAUCUGCGCCAGCUCCACAUAGAGGAGGAUGUGGGGGAGUGGGGGACUUUGGGGGCGUGCCUUCCUCCCCCACACCCAUUUUGGAGGUGUGCAAUUCCUCUCCCCGAACAAACCUGCUGGGAUGAUGGGUGGCUGUGGUGCAAGGUCAGCAUGCUGCAAGACUGCUACCAAAAGUUGCUGCGACCUAGAGAAUGUGGGCAAGAGCCACCAAAGACCAGGAAGGAGCUCCUCAUCUGCCUGAGGAGCAGCACGCUCCCUAGAAACCCAACCAUUCAACUGAGGGCCUCUCCCCAGGGCGGACAGUGCACCAAGCAGCCCUGCAAAAGGACUCAGCCAUGAGACAACGUUGGACCUAUCGCACUGAUGAUGGCUUGGGGAAGGACAGAUGCCUGUGAUAAAGUGUACACAGCCCCAAGGUCCAGCCAAAAGGCUUUACUCUGCAGAUUUGGGUCGCUUUCCUCAUACAUUCUGGUCCUCAUGGACUGGAGGUUGCAAAGAACAUGUUUAGGUCAAAAAUCAAACUUUCAAGAUACUUUUUUUUUUCCAAGUAGUCAAUGAGGGAGGAGGGUGGGUUUGAUCUGCUGUCUGUGUUUUUGACUUGAAUAAAAGGGCACAAGCACAAUUUGAGCUGAAAUAUGACAGUCUGAGCUCUGGAUUUGGUACUGUGAGUCUCUGGGGGCAAGAGAAUUCUUCAGCUGGUUAAUUAAAAUGCUUAUGAAGAAGCUUCUCAUUUUUUGACCUGAAUUAAGAAAGCUCCAAAACCCCAUCAGAAACAAUAACAAAAAGAGACAGCCUGAGUUUAAUCUGCUAGCUGUAAUAGGAUGAUAUGACCCCACAGUUUAGUUUAAUUGUAGAUAAAUAAUGAGAUUGGCCUGCCCACUUACAAAAUGUCUCUGUGCCUUAUUAUUUACA